AUGGCGCAUAUCCAUCCCACUCCCAACAUUGAGGUACAAAACCUCUCGUACAAGUUCCAAGAUGGCUCCGAUGGCCUAGAGAAUAUAAAAUUGAGCCUACCAGCUGGAAGCCGCACUUUGCUGAUUGGCGCAAAUGGAGCGGGGAAGACCACCCUCCUGCGCCUCUUAGCAGGAAAGCGCCUUGCACCCACUGACACCAUCACCAUUGGCGACAAGGACCCCUUCAAGGACCAUCUUGACGGCGUGACCUAUUUGGGCGUUGAGUGGGUGCUGAACAGCAUUGUCCGUACUGACAUCGACGUGCCGACGUUGCUCGCCUCCGUCGGCGGAGAUGCCUACCCAGAGCGCCGGGACGAGCUGAUUGAUAUCCUCGACAUCGAUUUGCGUUGGCGCAUGCACGCCGUCUCGGACGGAGAACGCCGCCGCGUACAGCUGGCCAUGGGCUUGCUGCGGCCCUGGCAGGUUCUGCUGCUCGACGAGAUCACGGUCGACUUGGACCUUCUGUCCAGGAGCAAUUUCCUGGCUUUCCUCAAGCGGGAGACGGAGACCCGCUCUUGCACUAUUGUUUAUGCUACCCAUAUCUUGGACAAUCUCGCCCAGUGGCCUACCCAUCUAGUCCACAUGCACUUGGGUAAGGUCAAGGCACUGGGAAGUGUUGAGUCGUUCCACGAAGAAGUCCCCGAAUGGACGUCGGAGAAUAGUCGCCUUGGAGAGCUGGUUCUUAAGUGGCUCAGAGAGGACAUGAAGCUCAGAGGUCCCCGCCAUAACCGUGGUACCCAGGCGAAGACCUACCAGUCCCUCGAAGGUCUUGGAGGUUACGGACUGGAAAAGCCCGAAUGA